CAUGCAAACUUCUCAGAGGCAGGAAAUACUUUGCAGGCAAUCUGGGCCUGGUUGUGGAGGCCCCUCUCGCAAAACAUCAGUCUGCAUUUAGAAGACAGAAGUCACCAGGAACGCCUUGACAGGAUCCGGCUUGAGCUGAGGCUCGCUCCAGCUGCAGAGGGUGUUUUUGUUAGAAUCACACACUGCGUAAGGAGAACUGCUCAGAAUAGAGCUGUGACCUCAGCCACGAAAUGUGAAUUUAGAUUCUGGGGACGUUAACGGGACGGACUCCUCUCCUACCCUGGCUGGAACAGCGUCGUACCUUGGCGGCACCGUAACUCCUGGUCCAGGUGACGAAAUGGCAGAACACACUCUUUUCUUUGAUCCAUGAAUUCAAAAUCUUCUUCCGUCAAGUUCCAUCCCCGGUGAACGUCAUAUGGAAUGCAUCUCCUUGUCUGUCGUUAAGCUAUGGUGACAUGUCUGUAGCUAUCAGAAAAAGGAGUUGGGAAGAGCAUGUGACCCAAAAGACUGGACAGCCUUUUAAUUCUGAUGAGUAUGACAUAGCAUGUCAUCACGGACUGGCAUCCGACAGCUUGCAGGCAAGGAUGGAAAAAGAUGCAACCUUAAAUGUGGACCAUAAAGAGAAGUGUGCCUCUCUACCAGACUGCUGCUGUGGGCCCGAGCCUCGAGACUUCCCUGGGAGGCCAAUGGGUCACAUUUCACAGGAGGUGGAUGAAAGUGGCAGCCAGGAAGGGGACGAGCAGUUUCUGUCUCUGGAGGCUAGCACAGAGACGUUAGUGCACAUUUCUGAUGAGGAUACUGACUCUGAUCUCCACCUUACCAGUGAUGCACAGAUUUCAACUCCCCAAAGACAUGAACGAGACAGCCAAUGUAGUGUUGAAGGAGCAGGCUCCUUCCUCAAGACACUGUCCACUAUGCAAAGUAACCAAGACUCAUAUAACGCCUGGAGGAAGGCUGGUGAAGCCAAUGUAUCUCCAGCAGAAGAAAGCGGGAAAAGGCAAGGUGCUGAUGCUGUAACUAAAAGCCUGGAGCUUUGUAAGGAUAUAAAUUCAAAGGAAACAAAAGAUGUGCCCAAAGAAAAUGCAUGUGAUUCUUUGACUGUGGAAGAUACCACACCUGAAACCCAACUGCUUAAUUCUGCGGUAAUCGCGCAACAACGAAGGAAACCUGACUUCCCUAAAGAGGAACAGGAAAAAAAUCACCAGCACGUAGCAGAAGACGAGUUCCUGGCUGCUCCUUAUGCCGACAGGGGGCCGCCAUUAUUAAAAGCAGAUUGUGGAAGCUGCCUUUUGCAGCCUCCUUCCUGUGCGGGUGGAAUGUCAGCAGAAAGUGACCUGGACAAGAGCGGGUUCUCAGAACAUCAAAACAACAGCCCUCACAAGGUCAACGCAGACGAUGGCAUGCAGUGUUUACACUUAAGGGGCCCAGUGACCACCCAGGAGACCAUAGACAAUCGAGUCAGACUGCGCAAGAGAAAGGACACAAGGGACGAUCGAGACAGGCCGCGGCUGGACUCCAUGGUGCUGCUAAUUAUGAAACUGGACCAACUAGACCAAGACAUCGAGAACGCUCUCAGCACUGUCUCUUCCCCAUCCAGCACCCCGACGAACCUGCGCCGGCAUGUCCCUGAUCUGGAAUCAGGAUCUGAAAGCGGGACAGAUAGUAUCUCAGUAAAUCAGACGCAGGUGACUCUGUCUUCUAACACUGACUCCACCGACUCAUGGUCCGCUCCAGAGAGCAUUUCUGGAACCAAACCCAAGGCAAUGGCUGUUCCAUGUGUUAGAGAAAAGGAAAUGGCUGAAAUUGAAGCCAAGGAAGCUUGCGACUGGCUGCGGGUAACCGGAUUCCCCCAAUAUGCACAGCUUUAUGAAGAUCUCCUGUUCCCUAUUGAUGUUGCUCUGGUGAAGAGAGAACAUGAUUUCUUGGACAGAGACGCGAUUGAGGCUCUUUGCAGGCGACUAAACACUUUAAACAAAUGUGCGCUGAUGAAGCUGGAGAUCAGCCCCCACCGGAAGCGAAGUGAGGAUUCGGAUGAAGAUGAGCCUUGUGCAAUAAGUGGCAAGUGGACUUUCCAGAGGGACAGUAAAAGGUGGUCCCGGCUGGAAGAGUUUGACGUCUUUUCUCCAAAGCAGGAUCCAAUCCCUGGGUCCCCAGACGGCUCUCACUUGCAGAGUGCCACCAGCCGCGAAAGCAUGCUGACAGACCUCAGCGAGCGCCAGGAGGUGUCCUCUGUCCGGAGCCUCAGCAGCACCAGCAGCGUCCCCACCCACGUGCCCCACAGCGGGGAGUCUGUGACACCCCGAACGAAUUCCGUCAUCAGCGUCUGCUCCUCCAGCGGCGGCGGCCACUUUGUAGGCAACGAUGACUCUUUCUCCAGCCUCCCGUCUCCCAAGGAACUGUCCAGCUUUAGCUUUAGCAUGAAGGGCCACGAGAAAAACCCCAAGUCGAAGACACGGAGCCUGCUGAAGCGGAUGGAGAGCCUGAAGCUCAAGGGCUCCCACCACAGCAAGCACAAGGCGCCUUCAAAGCUGGGGUUGAUCAUCAGCGCUCCCAUUCUGCAGGAGGGCGUGGAUGAGGAGAAGCUGAAGCAGCUGAACUGCGUAGAGAUCUCAGCCCUGAAUGGCAACCACAUCAACGUGCCCAUGGUACGGAAAAGGAGCGUGUCCAACUCCACACAGACCAGCAGCAGCAGUAGCCAGUCAGAGACCAGCAGUGCCGUCAGCACGCCGAGCCCGGUCACCAGGACCCGGAGCCUCAGCACCUACAACAAGCGAGGGGGCAUGUACCUAGAGGGCUUCGACCCUUUCAGUCAGUCCACCUUGAACAAUGUGACGGAACAGAACUAUAAGAACCGCGAGAGCUACCCCGAGGACACAGUGUUCUACAUUCCGGAAGAUCACAAGCCUGGCACCUUCCCCAAGGCCCUCUCCAAUGGCAGUUUCUGUCCCUCGGCGAACAGUUCUGUAAACUGGAGGACUGGAAGCUUCCAUGGCCCUGGCCACCUCAGCCUACGGAGAGAAAACAGCAGCGACAGUCCUAAGGAACUGAAGAGGCGCAAUUCCUCCAGCUCCGUGAGCAGCCGCCUAAGCAUCUAUGACAACGUGCCAGGCUCCAUCCUGUAUUCCAGCUCGGGAGACCUGGCCGACCUGGAGAAUGAGGACAUCUUCCCUGAGCUGGAUGACAUCCUCUACCAUGUAAAGGGGAUGCAGCGGAUAGUCAACCAGUGGUCUGAAAAGUUCUCGGAUGAGGGGGACUCGGACUCAGCCCUGGACUCCGUGUCUCCUUGCCCGUCAUCUCCAAAACAGAUACACCUGGACGUGGACCAUGACCGAAGGACACCUAGUGACCUGGACAGCACAGGCAACUCCCUCAAUGAGCCCGAAGAGCCCACUGACAUCCCAGAAAGAAGGGACUCUGGGGUGGGGGCGUCCCUGACCAGGUGUAAGAGGCACAGACUGAGAUGGCACAGCUUCCAGAGCUCUCACCGGCCGAGCCUAAACUCUGUAUCUCUGCAGAUCAACUGCCAGUCUGUGGCCCAGAUGAACCUCCUGCAGAAAUACUCACUCCUGAAACUGACGGCCCUGCUGGAGAAAUACACGCCUUCCAACAAGCAUGGUUUUAGUUGGGCCGUGCCCAAGUUCAUGAAAAGGAUCAAGGUUCCAGACUACAAGGACCGGAGUGUGUUUGGGGUCCCACUGACCGUGAACGUGCAGCGCUCGGGCCAGCCCCUGCCUCAGAGUAUCCAGCAGGCCAUGCGUUACCUCCGUAACCAUUGUCUGGACCAGGUUGGGCUCUUCCGAAAAUCAGGUGUGAAAUCUAGGAUUCAGGCUCUACGCCAGAUGAACGAAAGUGCCGAAGACUAUGUCAAUUAUGAAGGCCAGUCCGCGUACGAUGUGGCAGACAUGUUGAAGCAGUAUUUUCGAGACCUUCCUGAGCCCCUCAUGACGAACAAGCUCUCGGAAACCUUCCUGCAGAUCUACCAAUAUGUGCCCAAGGACCAGCGCCUCCAAGCUAUCAAGGCGGCUAUUAUGCUCCUGCCUGACGAGAACCGGGAGGUUCUCCAGACGCUUCUUUACUUCUUGAGCGACGUCACAGCGGCUGUGAAAGAAAACCAGAUGACUCCCACCAACCUGGCUGUGUGCUUAGCCCCUUCUCUCUUCCACCUCAACACCCUGAAGAGAGAAAAUUCUUCCCCAAGGGUAAUGCAAAGAAAACAGAGUUUGGGCAAACCAGACCAGAAAGAUCUGAAUGAAAACCUAGCUGCCACUCAAGGGCUGGCCCACAUGAUCGCUGAGUGCAAGAAACUCUUCCAGGUUCCUGAGGAAAUGAGCCGAUGUCGCAACUCUUACACUGAACAAGAGCUGAAACCCCUCACUCUGGAGGCCUUGGGACACCUGAGUCACGAUCAGCCUGCCGACUACAGACACUUCCUCCAGGACUGUGUGGACGGCCUGUUUAAGGAGGUCAAGGAGAAGUUCAAAGGCUGGGUCAGCUACCCUACCUGUGAACAGGCCGAGCUGUCCUAUAAGAAGGUCAGUGAGGGACCCCCGCUAAGACUUUGGAGGUCAACCAUUGAAGUCCCCGCUGCUCCUGAGGAGAUCUUAAAACGUCUUCUGAAAGAGCAGCACCUCUGGGAUGUGGACCUGCUGGACUCAAAGGUGAUCGAAAUCCUGGACAGCCAGACGGAAAUUUACCAGUAUGUCCAAAACAGCAUGGCGCCUCAUCCUGCUCGGGACUACGUCGUGUUGAGGACCUGGAGGACUAAUUUACCCAGGGGAGCCUGUGCGCUCUUACUCACCUCCGUGGAUCACGACCGGGCCCCUGUGGUGGGGGUGAGGGUUAACGUGCUCCUGUCCAGAUAUUUGAUCGAACCCUGCGGGUCAGGAAAAUCCAAACUCACCUACAUGUGCAGAGCUGAUUUAAGGGGCCACAUGCCGGAGUGGUACACAAAAUCCUUUGGACAUCUGUGUGCAGCGGAAGUGGUAAAGAUCCGAGACUCCUUCAGUAAUCAGAACACUGAAACCAAGGAUACCAAAUCUAGGUGAUUACUGAGGCGGAGCACCUGUGUCUGCUGCCCGGGUGAUUGAUUCUAGAGCCUCGCCCGUCCUCGGAAGAGUUCAUCUGGGUCUCAUUGACUAUAGCAAUUUGAUGAGAUUUUUUUUUUUAAAAAAAAAAGCUGCUUCCUGUUUGUCUUAGGUCUAUGUUAUAGACCUUGACUGGAUUAUAUAAGACUUGGGGACGGGGAGGUGGGGGGGCGGAAUACGUGUAUAAUUCAGAUUGCUUCUGAGAAGCAAGAACUCUUUCAGCGCAUCACGGAAGAAAGCAAGGAGGCGUCGUUCUCUGGUGAUGUCGGCGCACGUGUACCUAACGUCGUUCGUUUGCGGUGUGCUGCGGGACUGAUAUAUCCACUGGAAUGGUUGGUACUGGCUGACAGGUUUUUCUCCCUGAGAGGAGCAGAGAUCGGUUUGCACAGAGGAGUGUGAAUGUGUGUGUUGCAGGCUGAGUGGUACAGGUGAAGAGCUGGGAUGCAGUGUCUGGCACACUGAGACGCCCACAGAGGAUGCUGAUACAUACACCAGGGUUAGCUCUGCCUGGAAGAGCUGACUACCCAGGGAUCACCCAGGAGGGGAACCCAGCUCCCUUCUCUAUUUCCCCCCAGGUUAUUGUGUUGUUGUUUUAUUUGGGGGGCGGGGCGGGUUCUUUUGGUUUUUGUUUUUUUUUUUUUUUUUCUUUUUCUUCAAACCUUUGCUUUCCCAUAAACUGUAGUUUCCCCCUGACUCUGUAACCAGUCGCACUAAUGAACAUCCUCUCCACUCCCUUGAGUGGCUCUAGAGGAAGGGUUUUAUUUACGUGAGAUGUAAAGGCGCCAAACACUAACGCUCUGUGUUAGUACCAGAACGUUUUUUAUUUUCAGUACUGGGAGUUGAACCCAGGGCCUCUUAUAAGCCAGGCAAGCACUCUACAGUGGACUUAUCCCCAGCUCUGUUUUCACCUUUUAUUUUGAGACAGGGUCUCACCACGUCACCCAGGCUGGUCUUGAACACUCGCUAUGUGGCUGAGGCUGGGAUAAGAGGGCUCAUCAACCCUUUUAACCUGAUAUUACUCAGUAUUGUUAUGCUUGUGGCAUCAACUCUAAAAUAAACAAAGGGACACAGGGAAAUAUGUCCCCAGUAGGCUUAACCCGAGCAGAAGAGGCUUUUGGUUGUUAGUGUUCUCCGUGUACCCGACGGCAACAGCGCGGAUUUUCAUUGGGUUCGUCCUCAUGCACAGAUAGGUUUUCUGACGAUGUGUUAUUUUUCCUACAUUUCUUUUUCCUUUUCUCUCACGUUGCCCUUGAACUGUAUUUUAGUAAUAAUGGGGACUAGUAAUCUCAGUGAAAAACAAAGAGUGCAGGUGUUCAGAAGGGCAGUCUUUUUUAUACAGGUUUUACUGUAACGCUAAAGGUUGACUCAAGACAGUAUUAGUAAAUUUAUUUUGUAUGGAUCAAAAAGUGAGUAACGUAUGAAUGAGAGUUGAAGAAGGAUUUUUAUUUUGUUAUAACGCAGUUACCUUGUCAGUAUUAUUUCAAAGGUUCUUUGAAGAAAGGGGGGAUGUGAGAGUAGAGUUUUAACAUUGGAGUAUUUGAAUUAUCAGUGUUGCUUGUGAAAGCGUGCGUGUAUAUUCAACUAUGUUGGCUUCUGGAUCUGUAAUGUUGUAUGCUGUACAUACCAUUCUAUUUGAGAAACAUGUACACAUGUGUGUCCACUGUACUUUCAGACAUAGAUAAAGCAUGAUAAAGAUUAUUAUUUAAAAUAUACUUGUAUUUAUACCUCAGAUAUUCUUUUGGGUUUUGUACCUCAAGGCUCCCCUCUCUGCAUUGUAAAUACACUUUACGUGAAUACAGUUUUAGUGAAAAAAAAAAAAGAAUAAAUAAAGAGGUUUAUAAUUUCCCUAUAUCUGUACAGAGUAUAUUCAGUAAAUGCACUAUUAAAUGUUGAAAGUAAGAGAAGGAGCCUGGCCUGCUUUUCUGCGUUGCAUCUUCCUCCGCCUUUGGAAGCAGGGACUGCAAAGCACGGUGGCCCCGUGCCAACCAAAGUCCAAAGAUAUAUCAACUGAAAGAAAAAUUCGGAUGACGAAUCAUUCCAAGGCCAAGCUGCAUCUGAGCCACUCACUCACAAACAGGAAACGCUGGUGAAGGUUCAGGAAGCCUGGAGAUUCUCUCCACACCAAGGUCAGAAACGAUGCUGAGGAUGUACGAGAACGGAGCAGCAGCAGCAGAACAGUUCUGAAAAAGCAAAGUCAAGGUCACUGAUUAAUCCCCAAAAGGUCGCUUUCCCAUGUUUAGCUUUCCUGUUGAAGAGAUUUCUUAGGUCUGGCCAGAGAAAAAUUCAGAGCGCGCAACUUUCUAAGAGCUAGGCUUGCAUCUUGUAACAUCCCACAACUUGUCCUUGUGAGUCAUGGUGUAGAUUGUGAGUUCUUUGAGAGCAGGCACAAAUCCUGCACACCUUUAUAUCCCUCAACAGCGGCUUUCAGUGUUUUGUACUUUGUAGACACCUAAUAAAUUUAUCAUUUGCUAAAGAA